AAAAAUUUCCCUAAAAAACAUUCAUACUUCUUACUCACAAAAAAAAAAAUCUGAAUAUUUUCCAAAUUCGCGAACCGCCGUAUCUGAGAUCACUUCUUCUAUUUUGGGUUUUUUUUUCCUUAAUCAGAAAAUUGCUUCAGACUAUUAUUUAUUGUUUUUGUGGUUCAAUGGAGGAGCAAUCGAGUAUGGCUUCACUGUGACUAUUGGUUUUGUUGAAUGGGGAUAUGAAAUGAAAUGAAAGCCCAAAGCUUCAAAAUGUUCCACUCUGUAUUAUUGACCUAGUGGUGAAGAGAGGAGCGUGGAUUUUUGCUUUUUGGUCAUGACGAAGCGCGUGUACGAAGCCUGGAAAGGAAGUAAUAAAUUCCUUCUUAGUGGAAGGUUGAUAUUUGGGCCAGAUGCAAGGUCAUUGCUUGUCACUUUAAUGCUGAUUCUAGCUCCAGUUAUCAUCUUUUGCGUAUUUGUUGGGAGACAUCUUCGACAUGAAUUUUCAUCCCUUAAUUCAGGAUAUGCAAUUCUGGUGGUGGCAAUUAUCUUUACAAUCUACGUGUUGGUGCUUCUUUUUCUUACUUCAGCCCGGGACCCGGGAAUCAUUCCACGUAAUUCACACCCUCCGGAGGAAGAUUUCCGUUAUGACAAUUCUGUGUCAAAUGAGAUCGGGGGUAGACAGACUCCUAGUCUUCAGUUCCCUCGGACAAAAGAUGUAAUGGUCAAUGGCCUUCCUGUGAGGGUGAAAUAUUGUGAGACAUGUAUGCUAUAUCGUCCUCCUCGUUGCUCCCAUUGUUCCAUUUGCAACAAUUGUGUGGAGCGUUUUGACCAUCAUUGCCCUUGGGUGGGACAAUGCAUUGGAUUGCGAAACUACCGGUACUUCUUCCUGUUUGUUUCUUCUUCAACUCUUCUUUGCAUCUUUGUGUUUUCCUUAUCAGCUUUGUACAUCAAGGUUCUGAUGGAUGAUCAUAAGAGCACAGUUUGGAAGGCAAUGAAAGAAUCUCCUGCAUCUGUGAUAUUAAUGGCUUACUGUUUCAUCUCACUUUGGUUUGUUGGUGGAUUAACUGGUUUCCACUUGUACCUUAUAGGUACAAACCAGACAACAUAUGAAAAUUUCCGAUACAGAGCAGACAACAGGAUCAAUGUCUACAAUCGGGGAUGUCUGAACAAUUUUCUUGAAGUAUUUUUCACGAAAGAAAAACCCUCAAGGAACAAUUUCCGUGCUUUUGUACAAGAGGAGGUACAAAAGCCCAUGACUUUGCCCUCUCCACGGGAAGCAAAUAUAGAUGAUUUGGCUGGAGAUCCACGUUCCAAGGUGGAAGAUGAUUUAGAGAUUGGUGAUGAUCUAUUGAAAAUCUCACAACGUCGAAAUUUUGAAGAAAUGGAUGAGGACAUACGUAGUAGAGGACUUGAUGAGGACAUGCGUAGUAGAGGAGGAUAUGAUGAUGACAUACGUAAUAGAGGAUUUGAUGAUGACGUACGUAGCAGAGGACUUGAUGAUGACAUACGUAAUAGACUUGAUGAUGACAUGAGAAGUAGACUUGAUGAUGACAUGCGUAUUAGAAUUGAUGAGGACAUGCGUAGUAGAGGACAUGAUGAUGACAUUCGUAGUAGAGGUAGCAACGGACCUCCGCUCAACACCUCGGAGGCUGAUUCUGUUAUGAGUUCUGACCACCGUGCUACCACUAUACGAUCAGAAACUCGACACUCGAGUUGGGGAAGGAGAAGUGGAAGCUGGGAAAUUGCACCAGAUGUUGUUGCUAAUUCCAAUGUCACCGAGAGCAGAAGUUAUGUCACUCCGAAGGAUGCAAGACUAUGAUUGGCGGACUGUACAUUUGAUCUUAGCAUGACAAUCCAUGUGGGUAAUCUGUGAUUAUUUGGUAGCCCCUAACCUGAAUAUGGGAAAAGUAAAAAUUGCCAUUGACCGGAAAAAAAAAUAGACUUACAAUUGCACCAGGUGGGGUUCUGAUGUAUUUUCCUCUUAGGUAUGAAAUUGAAAACCAACUUACUGUUCCUUCUUUUUUGUGGGAAAAUGCUUUGCUCUUAUAUGUUUCUUCUGCUGAUGAAUAGAAUGUGUGUUUGUAAUUUUUUGGAAGGUAAGGGGAUAGUGUCUUUUGCCAAAAUUUUCCUCUCUUUUGGGUAUUGUAAGAGUUUGCUACUGUGAAAUUGGAAAUAUUGUGAUGGCUUUAUUCUUUUUGUGUAA